GAAAAGAAGUGGGUAGGAAUCGACACUAUCUAGACGUUCAUAAAUUGUUAUAACUAGUUCCCUUUAGUUGAUUUACCUGGAAGCGUGCUGUGCUGUCAACGCACUACAAUUUAGACCAAGAAAUUUUGGACAUUUAUCGAGGGAGUUCAAGUCAACCCGAGAAACGUCCUCGGGAAGUGUGCAGCUACGCGCGACAUAUAAAUAUAAUUUUGGAUAAGAAACUGUUUAACAGAUUCAGCCAUGGUGAAGAUUCUGGGUAUAGAGUUUGCUCCCCUGCGAGUGCCGUUUGAACGCCGUCUACAGACUCUUGCCGUUACCCAGUACACCCUAUGCUUUCUGUUUCUUGGAUUUUCCUGUCUGUUCCUGACCAUCUACAUCCUCUUUUUCACUCAAUACUACUACCUUAUGCUUUUAUACCUUGCAUGGAUGUAUUACGACAGGGAUGUACCGGAACGUGGAGGUCGAAGGUCAGACUCGGUGAGGAGAUGGAGAAUUUGGGAAUACUUAAAGGACUAUUUUCCUGCGAAAUUGAUCAAAACAGCUGAAUUGAGCCCUCAGAAAAAUUAUAUUUUAGGAUUUCAUCCACAUGGAAUAAUGAGUACAAGUGCAUUCGUCCAUUUUGCUUCAGAAGGUUCUGGCUGGAGUAGGAUAUUUCCUGGAAUUACUUCCUACUUGUUAGUCCUUGGAGGUCACUUCAUGUUUCCAGUAUAUAGGGAUUACCUAAUGUUAUCAGGUACAGUAGCAGUAACCAAGAGCAGUAUGAACUUCCUGCUACGAGAGAAUGGGACUGGAAAUGCUCUAGUUUUGGUUGUCGGCGGGGCCUUGGAGGCCCUGGAGGCGUUUCCAGGCAGAUUCAACCUUAAGCUCAACAAACGCAAGGGAUUCAUCAAAAUGGCCUUGGAAACGGGGACCUCCCUGGUGCCAACGUUUUCCUUUGGUGAACUUAAUUUGUAUCAUCAAAUGGAAAAUCCUCCUGGCUCCUUCCUCCGUCGCCUUCAGAACGUUAUGACUAGAUAUUUAGGGUUCUCUCCCCCUGUUUUCCAUGGACGUGGCGUGUUCAAUUACACAUAUGGACUUGUACCCUAUCGUCAGGCCAUCAAUACAGUCAUUGGAGCACCGAUCGAUGUAGAAAAAGUGGACAGGCCCAGUCAGACACAAAUUGACCAACUCCAUGCCCAGUACCUAGCAGCUCUCAGAGACCUCUUCAAUACACACAAGGAAAACUAUGGUGUUGAUCCGUCCAAUGAACUUCAUUUCAUCGACUAAACCAAAUUCAGAAGAUUCCAAAUUGUUGACAUACAGUAGUUGAAACAUUUUUUAACAUGGUGCAUUAGAUAACCAUAUUUAUCAAGCAAUGAGCCAAUGUCUGAUGAUUUGCCCAUCAUUUUUUUAGUUCUGUUCAGUAGAUUCACUAUGGAAUUCAUUUCCUGCAAUAAGCCCACCUUCUGACUUUGAGCGAGAUAUACACAGUGUAUAUUGUUAUGGCCCCUUGGCUUAUCACUGCAUAAAUGUGAUGUACUGCAAGUCUACUUUGCUACACACAAAUUUCACUAUUUGUUAGUCAAACCAGAACAUAUCAUUUUUAGCCAUGUCGUAUUUCAAUAUAUAUAGGAGCAAGAAUUCAAAAUAUAUAAUAUAGCUCUUUCUCAAGUAAAAUCAUGCCAAAAAGAAAAAAAAAGAUUUAAAAGAUCUUUUCUAAGUAGUCAUGAUGGAAAGUGUCGUUUUUUGAUAACCUGGUCCAAAGGACCAAUGAUCUCUUGCCAUACCACAGGCUUUGUUUGGUUUGUGUGUCCGUCUGUUCAUUGCUUUGUCAGAAAAAGAUGUAGUGUGUGUUGUGUGCUUGGAAAUUAAUUACUCAUUUUCCUUAAGUUUGCAUGAAGCAAUUUCAGCCACAAAUCCAGGUGAGCAAUGCAGGCCUUGUUGGCCUCUUAUUAAAACAGUCUGUAGUUAUAGUUGUUUUUCAUCACAUAAAGUCAAGAUGAAAGAUAUUUCAUAAAUAUUGCAUUGUCUCUUGAGAUAGUCAAAUGAACAUUGUUUUGUAUAGGGUCAAGUUUGCUGUGAUUAUACCUAAACAGUUAAUGUAUUAUGAUAUUCUGCCAAAGUGUAUGUGAUACCUCCAGUAUAGUCAAGGAAUUUAUCACCCAUGGACUGUAGGGGUAACAUUUGUUGUUGGGUCUCUUGAUUGUAGCUGGUUGCUGUCUCACUGAUCAUUAUGUGGGAGGCCCUUAUGUGCUUUUUAGAGUGAUAAGUAUCUUUCUUGUUCAAGAUGUAUUUGGUAUUAUCAGACUCAUAAAAGCUGAAUACAAAUGAAUUAUAAUUUCUUGGAUGAGAGAUUCAGACUGAAUAUUUUUGAUUUCCCAGAUAAUGAAAGAGAAUACAUCUCUCAGCAAGGCAAUUAUGAUUCCAGUUAGUCAGUGUGAAUAUAAUUCCAGUUAGUCAGUGUGAAUAUUGUAAUUCCAGUUAGUCAGUGUGAAUAUGAUUAUUCCAGUUAGUCAGUGUGAAUAUUGUAAUUCCAGUUAGUCAAGGUGAAUAUUGUAAUUCCAGUUAG